UAGCGAUAAUAAUUUCCUCAACUUUUUGUUUGAUUUUCUCUUCUCUUUAUUUUUUUAGCCAAAACAAACCGUUUAUUUAGGUUUGUAAUCAUUGUCAAUAGUUUACUAAACCAACCCAAAGAAGUUUUUCUUAAACAGUCCAAAUUUCCAUUCUUUGUUUCCUACCUUGGAUUCCCACUUUCUCUCUUCUACUUGGGAAAAAAAAUACUCAUUUUCUUGUUCUCUCUCUCUACUUUCUAUAUCUUUCUUGGAUUUUCCCAUUUGAAUCUUAACAUAAUUCUUUUGUUACCCUUAAAAACUAACACUUUCUAAUUUAGCCAAAAAGAAGAACAAGAAGAAGAACUCAAUUCAGAGUUUUCUUGAUUUUUUUUUUUUUUUCAUUCAAGUUUUUGUUUUUCCUGAUAAAAUCUUCAAAUACUGAGUUAAAAUCAGCUUUCAAUGGCGGCAGAGAACUCACUGAAAUCAAGGGAAGUUUCGGCUAUGUUAAAACAGGGCUUCAUUUCUGAUACAACACUCUCAUUCUCACCAUCAAGAUCCAUUUCCAGAUUGUACUCGCCUUCAUCUUCGCCAUCAUCCAAAACCCUCUGUUCUCCUCCUCCGCCGCCAUUCUCCGCCGCGCAAUCACCCAACUCGCCGAGUCAGACUCAGAUGGCUCGUCCCACUUCUCAUAGCCAAACCCUUUACGACAUGAUGAACGAUGAGCAAUACCGCGAGUCUAAGCUCUCCGAUGAAAAGCGACGGAAAUUGCAGGAACGUGUGGCGAAGUUACUGGAAGACGCGCCGUUUCGAAUCCCCAAUUGGGGGGGAUUGGUUUCUGGUGAUGUGAGGCUCACGGUGGUCGCUAGAGAUGGUUUUAAGGUAUCCAUGGAUGUCCACAAGAGCAUACUCGCUUCCAAGAGCAGGUUUUUCGCUGAUAAACUCCGCCGUGACCGGGGAGUCUCGCACUCGGUGGAGAUCAGUGACUGUGAUGACGUCGAUGUUUAUGUUGAAGCGGUGGUAUUGAUGUAUUAUGAGGAUUUGAAGAAGAGGUUGAUUGGGGAGGAGGUGUCUAAGGUUUUGGGUUUGCUUAAGGUUUGUUCGGCUAUCAUGUUUGAUAUGGGGAUUGCCACAUGCUUAGAGUACUUGGAAGCUGUUCCAUGGUCUGAGGAUGAAGAAGAGAAAGUCAUUUCUAAUCUCAGCCUACUUCAUCUUGAUGAGACAGCUAGUGAAGUUUUGAUGAGAGUAUCGUCUGAACCAUCCACUUCGACGCAAACUGAUGACAUCCUCAUGCAAUUAUUGACUGGUGUUCUUCAAGCUAAAGAUGAUAAAGCUCGUCGAGAAAUGAAAAAUGUCAUUUCUCGUCUGCUCAGAGAAGAUGCACCCAACAACAGCAACAGACUUGACAUUUCCAAAGACACACUUUAUCAUCUUUGUCAUAGAUGUAUCAGUUCUCUUGUCCUAUGCUUAUCAGAAGCUACAAGCAUUGAUGAGACUCAACGGGAUCGAGGAGUUGUGAUGAGUGAGAUUGCUAGAGAGGCUGACAAUAUUCAAUGGAUUGUUGAAAUUUUGGUGGACAAGAAAAUGGCCGAUGAAUUUGUGAAAUUGUGGGCAGAUCAGAAGGAGCUUGCACUCCUUCAUUCCAAGAUUCCCACCAUGUACCGUCAUGAAAUCAGCCGAGUAACUGCUCAACUCUGUGUUGCAAUAGGCAGAGGGCAUAUCUUGGUACCAAAAGAUACUCGGUCUGCCCUGCUUUCGACAUGGCUGGAAGCACUUUACGAGGACUUUGGAUGGAUGAGAAGAGCUUGUAGAUCUGUUGAUAAGAAGGUAGUUGAAGAUGGACUUGGCCAGACAAUUCUUACACUGCCAUUGCCUCAGCAACAAGCCAUUUUACUCAAUUGGUUCGAUCGGUUUCUUAACAAGGGAGAUGACUGUCCCAACAUGCAAAAGGCAUUCGAGAUUUGGUGGAGAAGAGCAUUCAUCAGAGAACGAGCGUCCGAGCAGAAUAAUUCUCAGUUGCAAAUAACAGUGUGUGAUUAUCCAAGCUAAAUGGUGGGUUAUCUUUUCUUGACCAUUUUACAAAAGGGAUAAAGAAGAAGAGCAACCCAAAUUAAGUGUACAUAACAAGGAACAAUUCUUUUUUGUUCAGUUGGCUUUUUUUGUUAUUGGGAAAUUUAUUUCUGAGGGAGGUGAAGUGAAGUGAAGGCUCCCUUAUACAGAUCCACGUAUGGAUAAAAAAGACCAUUUAAAGAGUUAAUGAAAAACAAUAUUCUUAAUUUCCA